AUGAGGCUUUUCACGAGCAUUGUCUUCUGCUCCUUGGUCAUAGGAGUCAGUAGUGAAGGCUGGUAUUCGUUCUUCAAGGAGGCUGCCCAAGGGGCCUGGGACUUGUGGAGAGCCAACUGGCACAUGCUAGAAGCCAAUUACAGAAAUUCAAACAGAUAUUUCCAUGCUCGGGGGAACUAUGAUGCUGCCCAAAGGGGACCUGGGGGUAUUUGGGCUGCUAAAGUGCUCAGCAAUACCAGGCAAUAUCUUCAGGGGCUCUUAAGCCACUAUUAUUUUGGAAGCAGCAGCAGUGUAUUGGAUGACUUGGAGCUAAAUCGGAAAGCUGAGGAAUGGGGCCGGAGUGGCAAAGACCCCAAUCACUUCAGACCUGAUGGCCUACCUGAGGGAUACUGA